AUGGACGAGCAUCCAGAAUUCGACAUUGUCGAUAUCACGAAAAAAAUGAGUAUUGACAUACUUCAGUCUGUUGAAAUGCCGGCACAAGAAGCUGCUUGGUAUUUAUUAAGAGAACCUUUUUUUGCAGAAGUGGCCCGGGACCGAAUUGUCAUUGGCGUUCUGGAUGAGGGGGACCCCGAAGGAAGAAUCCCCAGAGCCCAAUGGAAAUGGGUGCAGGCUGCGCUGAAAAAUGUGGCGCUGGAAGUGCUACUUAGCAAUCCAGGUCCGCCACCGUCAUGCACAGAUGCCGGCUGGUACCAGGGCCAGAUUAAAAUGAUUGCAUGCGAUGACGAGAGAUCGAUCGCACUAUACAAAGCUGCUAUAGCCAAGGUAGGGGAGGUGUACCCGGGCGCAAAACUAAUAGCAGUGGACAAAAAAGAUAUACCAUCCAGACCAAGGGCAAGGGUAUGGAUCCCAGCUACACCAUCACAGCCGGAUCAGAUAAUGCAGCUCAUUAGAGCCUGCAACCCGAGUCUGCCCACGGAGGGGUGGAAGUUCGUCAAAGCGUUUGACGAUAGCGUAGCAGAAUCUGGCGUGGAGACCAAAAGGGCCACGAUGCAGAUUCUGCUAUUACUAACAAAAGAAUCCAUCGAACCGCUGGCGAAAAGUGGCGGGGAGAUAAACUACGGAUUCACGAAAGUGAGGAUUACACCGUACAAAUCGGGCGCCGAUGCUGCAGACCAUCUAGCAUCGGAAAGCGAGACAUGCGAAGUAGAGGAAGAUCCGAUGGAGUCCUCAAGCGGCGUAGAGAGCAUAGAGCAAGUGGAGUUGCAGCCGCCAACCAAGGAGGAGCUGACCAAGGAGCUCUUAGCAUCCUCCAGUAAAGGCAGCAAAGCGACAGAGGUCAGCUGA